CAGAAGAAAACUAAAUCUAAAAAAUUUGAGAAAAAUCAAGAAAUAAAGAAGAGCCCUGGUGGUGUCACUGAAAAAAUUAAGAAAAAAAAUCUGCAAAAAUCAUUCAGCACUAGACAAGCAAUUUCGGAUAGUUGCAUCAAGGAUUUGGCCGAGUUGGGUGUGUUAUUUGGGAAUCAAGCAAGAAACUUUUUCCAGAUUUCGUCUAGAGCUCUAGCCGCCAGCCUUUCAAUAGGCAGUAAAAAUAAUAAGAAAACCAGCUUCAAGGAACCAUUCAGUAUUCUUGUCAACACAUUGGGAGGAGACUUUACUAAUCUUACAUGCUCGGGGAAAUCUGUCAGAAAUGAUUCUACAGUAGAAACAGCCACUGUACUCUCUGAGUGUGAAGUCGAAAUUGAAUCCUCUUGCAACAAUUCUUUAAACAGUGCCGAGGAGCUACAAAUAUCAGAGUGCAAGAAUGCAACAGAUAAAUUCAGGACGAUGUACUUGACCCUUUUCGGAAACGGAAAGACUGUUCCAGAGCUUUGUGCUGGAACAGCUGAUAAAACUCUGGUUGCCCUGGCGCAACAAGUAAAGAAUUGUUCAUUUUUGACAAAUAGUGGAGGCGUAGCACAAAAUAUACCUUCACAGAGAAAUAAAUGCAAUAAAGUUUUUGCAAAGUGCCGAGGAGCAGAAAGAGACAGUAUUGCAGCAAUUAAUAGAUGUGUAGUGUGCCCAACCCCAGGAGAGGCUAAACAAGAACUUGUUGCUCUAGAGAAUCUUGUUGGGGCUUUGGAUAAAUCUGAAGCAGCGGUUGGAGCUGCACUUGAAGCUGCGGGAGUUUCAACUGGGCCAGGGGCAGACGGGACUCUUCCUCAAGUUGAUACUCAAAUUAAACAAGUUCCAGAGGCGCCAGGAUGCCAAGAAGUAUUAGAUAGUUAUAUCAAAUUCAAUAAAAGUGCGGAGGCUAUUGGCUCAGAUCCAAACAAGGCUCUAAAUCAAGUUCAGACCUUAAGUGCAACAAAAUUUCUCACUGAAAUAGGAAAUAGACCUACCCUUGUCAGUGAUCUCCUGUCCUGCACAAAACAAGAAGCAAAACAAGCAACAAUUCUAGCAAUAUCUUAUAUCAGAUUUUAUCUAUAUUGGUCAAUUCAAUGGAGGAAAAAUGUAAUCCUGGUCCGAGUAGCAGUUGUUGCAAUCACCUUUAAUAUACCUUCACCAUUAGUUCCAUCUGUAACAACUAUUGCUCCAGUAACAACUAUUGCUCCAGUUACAUCUAUUGCUCCAGUAACAAGUAUUGCUCCAGUAACAACUAUUGCUCCAGUUACAUCUAUUGCUCCAGUAACAACUAUUGCUCCAGUUACAACUAUUGCUCCAGUUACAACUAUUGCUCCUGUUACAACUAUUGCUCCAGUUACAACUAUUGCUCCAGUAACAAGUAUUGCUCCAGUUACAACUAUUGCUCCAGUUACAACUAUUGUUCCAGUAACAAGUAUUGCUCCAGUAACAAGUUUUGCUCCAGUAACAACUAUUGCUCCAGUUACAACUAUUGCUCCAGUUACAACUGCUACUCAAUUUACAACUACUGCUUCAGUAAUAACUGCUCCAGUAACAACUGCACCAGCAACAACCACUACUAAAGAAACAACUACUGUUGUAGAAGAAACAGCUACAGGAGGAGAAACAACUACAACAGGAGAAACAGCUACUGCUGGAAAAACAACUACCGCAGGAGAAACAGCUACUGCUGGAGAAACAACUACCGCAGGAGAAACAACUACCGUAGGAGAAACAGCUACUGCUGGAGAAACAACUACCGCAGGAGAAACAGCUACUGCUGGAGAAACAACUACCGCAGGAGAAACAACUACCGUAGGAGAAACAGCUACUGCUGGAGAAACAACUACCGCAGGAGAAACAGCUACUGCUGGAGAAACAACUACCGCAGGAGAAACAACUACCGUAGGAGAAACAGCUACUGCUGGAGAAACAACUACCGCAGGAGAAACAGCUACUGCUGGAGAAACAACUACCGCAGGAGAAACAACUACCGUAGGAGAAACAGCUACUGCUGGAGAAACAACUACCGCAGGAGAAACAGCUACUGCUGGAGAAACAACUACCGCAGGAGAAACAACUACCGUAGGAGAAACAGCUACUGCUGGAGAAACAACUACCGCAGGAGAAACAGCUACUGCUGGAGAAACAACUACCGCAGGAGAAACAACUACCGCAGGAGAAACAGCUACUGCUGGAGAAACAACUACCGCAGGAGAAACAACUACUGCAGGAGAAACAACUACUGCAGGAGAAACAGCUACUGCUGGAGAAACAAUUACCGCAGGAGAAACAACCACUGCAGGAGAAACAGUAACUUCAGGAGAAACAUCUACUAUAGAAGUAACAACAGCAGCCACUUCUAUUCCUACUUCCACUGCUACUACUACGGCCACUACUACUACUACUACUACUACUACUACUACUACUACUACUACUACUACUACAAGUCAGAACUAUUGUUUUCUGGUUUUCGGGAUCAAGCAUUGA